AUGUUUGCGAAAGUGCCGCCAAAUGGGGGAUACGGAUGGAUUAUUGUCAUAGCGGGAGCAUUAAAUGCCCUAUCUACCGUUCCGGUUAUACAAGGAUUCGGAUUGAUAUUUAAAGAAUCUUUUGCAGCGCUUAAUCUAACUGCAACAGAUACGUCAGUUAUAAUUAAUGUAAAUUUGGCAUUUGGUAUGGUACUCGGCUUAAUCAAUGGACCCCUCUUGAAGAUCUACGGAUAUAGAAAAGUGGCGAUGGUUGGAACUAUAAUAUAUGCAGCUGGUAUAAUAUUGACAGCAUUCGCCAACACCUUUACUCUUAUUAUGAUUUGUUAUGGAAUGCUAGCCUCUAUUGGUAUGAGUACAUCAAUGGCUGCAUUCUCUUUGGCGACCAAUACUUAUUUUACUACGAAACGAGGACGAGCUAUAGGCAUGAGUAUGACUAUUAUGGGGAUAGGUCCAAUCAUUAUGCCUCAAGUAGCAUCCUUUUUACUUUCAUUUUAUGGUAUUCAGGGAACCAUUUUGAUAUUUGGCGCUUAUAGUUUUCACUCGAUGAUAGGCGCAAUACUACUACAACCGAUUAAAUGGCACAUGAUAAAUGCGCCCAUCUGCUUAGAGACAGUCAUUGAAAAUCCUAAAAUUCUGACUGAUAAUAAUGAUAAACAAGACAUUACAUCGAAUCAUUACGAAGAAGAUGAAACGAGUAUAUACUCUUCGACGCUAAAUAAUUAUCAGAGGAGAAGGAAAUCAACAAUAUCUAGUAUCAACCAUGAUUUUGAAGUUGGAAGCAUUUAUGGAUUCGAUACGUCCUUACCUAGACAGAUUUCUAUAGACGGUACAAUAUCUUAUGAUUCAAAUUACAACAUUGAAAUGUCGGUUAACAGAACAUCAAGGACGAGUUUACACGAUAAUCGCAGGGAUUCAAAAUAUCUAUGGAAUUCAUCAAGAAGUAUGGAUAGUAUUCAUCUUGGUAGCAGCAUAAAAAUUUUUGACGAGCCUAAUCUAUUAACGAAAAAAUUGACCUUUGUCGAUAAUAAUGUAAACAAAAAUAAUGGUAUAAGUCAGAACGUUGCGGAAAAAGACUCACUAUUAGAGAAACAAACGAAUGAAUAUUCAAACAAAGAAAAUAAUGACGAUUAUGGCAAAAGCAGUUCAUCCGUUCAUCGAAUUCUACGACGAGUAGCCGACCUUUACGACUUUGAUCUUCUACGCGAUCCGAUUUACGUGAACAUCAUGUUGGGAAUGUCAAUUGCAAUUUUCGCGGAAAUAAAUUUCUCUGUGUUAACACCGUUUAUUCUCGCCGAUAUGGGUUUAACGACAGCAAAAAUUGCCAACAUCAUGAGCGUCAUCGCGAUAGCAGAUCUCAUAAGCAGAGGCGCGGCACCUUACCUGGGGGAGUGGUUGCGUCUGUCACCCAGGAUGAUGUAUAUGCUCAGCCUAUUUCUUCUGAUAAUCAGCAGAUCCUCAUUGCUUUUUGCAAAUAACUCCGCUUCAAUGGUGGUCGUCGCAAUCGGUUUGGGAGCAGCAAAAGGAAUUCGAUCGGUAUACAUGGCUUUAGUUGUGCCUAGUUACGUUCCCCUUCAAAAGUUACCCAAUGCUUCGGGGAUUCAGAUGCUGACCAACGGAAUGAUACUCAUGAGCGCUGGUCCCAUGCUUGGUGUACUACGAGAUAAUACUGGAAAUUAUACGAUUUGUAUUAUCUUACUUAACUGCGUGACCACUAUUACUUUGAUUCUCUGGACAACGGAGAUGCUUAUACGAAGAAAAUCUAACCGGCAAAAAUUGCAAUUAUCAAGAACAUCUCAACGCUAAACUGAAUUAUAAACAAUUAUGUUUCUGUAAAUAAAUAAUUUCUAACAGGA